AUGAAUUUUGCAGAUAUAACUAAUCUUGCUCAACUUCUUGUAUAUGUUAGAUAUAUUUAUAAAAAUAAAAUUGAAGAAGACUUUUUAUUUUGUCAACCAUUAGAAGGACGUACAACUGGAAAUGAUAUUUUUGUUCUUAUAAACAAUUUUUUAGAAAUUAAUGAAAUUCCCUGGUCAAUGUGUGUGUCAAUAUGCACUGACGGCGCAGCCGCCCUUACUGGUUCAAAAAAAGGUUUUAAAGCUAAGAUUUUAGAAGUGUCUUUAAAUAUAAUGUUUAGCCAUUGUAUGAUUCAUUGAGAAGCUUUAGCUUCCAAAAAACUUCAACCAGAUGUUAAUAAAGUACUUCUUAAUGCUAUAAGUGUAAUAAAUUUUAUAAAAUCAAAGUCAUUAAAUUCCAGACUUUUUACUAUACUUUGCAAUGAAAUGGGUUCUGACCAUGAAAAAUUGCUUCUUCAUACUNUUAUAUCGACGAUGACAAAUUUGAAAUGUUUUCAUGUUUAUCAGAAUUCCUAGGUGAUAAUGAUGUGGAUAUUAAUAUGAUAAAAGAAAUUAUAACUGCUCAUCUAAGAAGUUUACAAACAAACUUUAAUGCACGGUUUGAAGAUUUCCCAGAAGAAAGUCUAGGUUGGAUAAGAAAUCCAUUUCAUUUUAAUAUCAAUGAAAUAAAAUUAGGAAAUUUAAAAAUAAGCGAAGAACUAAUUGACUUGUCAUCAGAUGAAAAUCUACGUAUCAGAUUUCAAGAAAAUGCAUGUGAUACAUUUUGGAUUUCCAUCAAAUUUGAAUAUCCGGAAUUAUCAAAACAAGCCAUAUCAAUUUUACUUCCUUUUGCAUCAACUUAUUUAUGCGAAACAGCAUUUUCAACACUAAUGAUAAUUAAAAACAAAUAUCGCUCCAGAUUAAAUGUUGAAGCUGAUUUAAGAAUAGCAGUGUCAAAUAUCAAACCAAACAUAGAAUCAAUCAUGUCUACAAUGCAAGCUCAGGUCUCUCAUUAAAAUAAUUAAAUAGUAAUUUUAUAAUUUUAAAAAUAUUAAAAUUAUGAUUAUCAUUAUAAUAAUACAUUUUUUAAUUUUAGAAUUUAUAAAACUUUAAUUUUGUGUUUUUUUUUUCAUGUUAUUGAUUAAUUAAAUUAAAGAAAUAUUAAAAUCGCCUAAAAUUAACGAUUUAAUUUAUAUGAAUAAAAUGUUUGUAUACAUUAAGACUAUUAAGAAAAUUUAUAUUAUACACUUACAUAAUAUUGGUAGGAAGGGGGGUCGUAUUAUCAAAAUAAAUCAUUUUAGGGGGUCGUGGAUCAAAAAAGGUUGCGCACCACUGGUUUAUAGUUGCUUCCAGGUGUACAUUAAAUUAUCUAAAACAUUGGAUGUAUCCGUCUACAUUAUCCUACGUAGUCUUUUUAAAAUUAACUCUUUGCUGUAGUUAUUUUUAUCGUUUUAUAAUAAUAAUUUCCAAAGUACAUUAUCUCAUUAUUAGAUGUCACUUAAUUUUCACGAAAAUUGUCUGCAGUCGAAAAAUGCAAAAUUAUAACUAUUUUUCACUUGUCUUAGAAAUACAGAUUAUUAUUUUACGAUUAUUAUACAAUUCUGUUAAAUUUACUUUUCCCUUUUUCAUUAUCUUCUGGCACAUCUUUCAUCCAACAAAUUUGUAAAAAUCGGUAGUAGAGCAAUCGCUUUAAUAUUUUAAAUUUAUAAAUUAUAUAAGACAUAUCAUCAUUAUAUCAUAAAUUCGAAACCUAUUUGAAUUUGAAUUUAAACUUCUCUUUUUCUAGACUUAUAGCACCAGCAAAAUUUUACUUUCAUCCACAUACAUAAAUAACUUCAAAUUUAAUUUUUAUUUUACAUAUCUAAUGGAUGGACAUUAAAAGAGGUAAUCAAUAUUGCCCAGAUCUAAAAAACUAGACGCAACAUUUUAUACUAAAUGGCAAUGUUUUAGAGAACAUGUCAUUCUUUUUAGGUGUACCUCAGGUGGUCAUAUUUUAUCACUUUUUUUAUUUGUCACUCAUAAUAUUGCGUUUGUUUUUACACAUGUCCGUAGACAGUUUUAAAUUAUCAAUGAUAUUUACUUACUGGAAAAUUCCGGCACUCAUCAACCUAGAGUCUCAUUUCCAUGUUCACAUGGAUUAAAAAAAACAAUUAUAAUUACUAACCAGUUUAUUUGUAUUUCAUUUCAUAGGGUCAUUCAAAUAUGAUACCAAUACGAAAGGUAAGUGUUUCAUUUUUAUUUUUUUCUAAAUGGUUGUUGGUAGCCAGCCCCGAGGUUUGACUAUAGCGGGCUACUGGCCGAUAGGGUAAUGACUGGUGGACAGGACGGAUAUAUUAGGUAACCAAAGAAGAAACCUUAUGUAUAUGGAUUUUAUGUGGUUACUAUGUUAUGUAUUGAAAUAAUUAAAAUAUAACUUAAAUUACUACGACAAUAGAAAGGGGGGAAGGAGUUUGCUUAUUACUAAAAUACAAGAAUUUUCAAUACUUAUGAUUAAGGGGUACAAAUUAAAUAGGCGGUAUGCUGACCGUGAAUCUGGUUGAUGAAUGUUGGUCCGGUAGCGCGGUACGCGGAUGACUGCACCCGGCAUGGAUGACGCGGGCGGCAACGACAAAUGCGUGGUAGAUACGAUUCACGCACGAAGGGCGGCCAAGGGGCACGCGUGCGACACUAAGAGUGUAGUUAUAUAUUUAUAUAUAUAUAUAUAUGUUACAACGGCGUAAAAGAGAGAACAUACUUUACGGCACACGAAGAGAAAAACGAACUGAACUCGCAACAAAGGCCAGGGGGACAGAGCGACGCGAUGUCGUCGGUGGACGGACCAGUUUCGCGCCGGCGAAAAUGCGUGCACCUCACUAACACACGUUAAUGCCGGGAGCGUGCAGCCCAUAAACGCGGAGCGCGCGAUAAGACGGCCGCCGCGCUGAUAUGAGAUCGAAAGUGACACGGAUGAUACGAACGCGGAUAUGUGUACGGCUGCAACAAUGGUAUUUGUCAAUAUUUACUUAGAAAACGUCAAAACAUUACAUUUUAAUGUAGUUCCUCUAUUUGCUCUAGGGUCAGAAUAUUUUUUUUUUAAUCUGAGUGAAGAGUAAAAUUAAUGAUUCUAUUAUGAUACGUGUUUUUUUUUUGUCUAUUAAAAACAUUCGGACCAGAAAUCUUCCUCCAAUUAAUAAUUUUCAAGGAUCUAUUUUAUUUUGUAUCUAGUUGGUACGUUGAAAUAAAUAGGUCAUAAUAUUGUCGAAUUACUAUCUUCGUUGGGUAAAUAUAUUAAUCUAUUUAUAUUAAACAAUAUUAUUUUAUAAAUGAAGUAUCAAAUGUAGCACAUUUUUUGAAAGGAAAUUUCCUUGAGAUGGUUUUUCAAACAGCUAAUUAUUUGAUUAUCUACUGGGAUAAUCUCAGUUUUCCCAAUAAGUGGGAAUAACCGGGAACAAUUUAGGAAAAACGAUAAAAUUUAAGAAAAUAAUGCUUUUAUUAUUUUCAAUUUUGUUUUUCAUUGUGUUGUAAUUCAUUUUAAAAUAUUUUUAGAAACUCGAAAUUUGUACAGAAAACUCAUAUUUUAUUUUUUAAACAUUGUAAAACUUUAAAAACAUUUGAGCUAUUUUUGUGCUAAUUAUAGAGAUUUUAAUUUUGUGAGCUUACACAAAAUUUUGAUUUGGUAAUUACUCUGUGAUAUAAUUAUUAUUAAAUAAAAAUACUUGAAAAUUGAACAGGAGGUUCUUUAAAAGUCGAAUUUUGUAACAAAAAAAUAUUGAACUUAAUGUAUACUAUAAUAUUUUUUUUUUAUGAAGGAAUUUUAAUAUUAUAUUUUGACGAAAGUCGUUUGAGUUAAAAAUUAUAUGGAACCUGACUUUACCAUCGUUCUUAAAUCGGCAAUGUAUAUAUAUAUUUAAGAACGAUGGUAAAGUCAGAAUCGAGCGGAUUGGCUUAGUUUAGAAAUUACAGCCUUUUGAAGUUCUGGUAAUGUGCGGAUAUUAUAUAAUGACAAUUUUAUAGUAUGACAGUUGUAAUACAGUGGUACGUAGAUAUUGUCAACCCAAUGGUUGUGCGUUCAAACCCAUGUUUUGAAAAUGUUUUUUUGCUAAACCACGUCGGGUAGGUAGCAGGGGUAAAAAAAUGUAAUAAAUGCAACAUGCAGAAUGUGUUUACUACGUUAGUCGUCGUAUUCAAAAUAUAUUUAUUUUAAAUCAAAUUAGACGAAGCUAUUUAUUUAUUUAUUUAUUAAAUUAUAUACAUAUAUAUUGUUGAAAUUGCAAUAUUAUUAACCAAGCUUCUCUCAGAACCGUUUUUCGUUAGCAAUGGGUAAUCGUUGCGAGAAGAUAUUAAAUUUCCCUUUUACCUUCCUAAUUUAUCACCUACAACAGUGGUCUAGCAUCGUGCGAAGUAUGCCUGUUCUCUUUUUCUUAGUAUUAUAUAUUAUCUGUUCAAACUCUUGUCCUUUUGUGCAAAUAUCUAAAAAUUAUUUCGAAAAAAUUGUAAAUUCAAAAGGAUCUCAAACAAUAAUAAGUUAUGCUUUUGUAAAAAAAAAUCUCAUUAAAUAUAUGUUAUAACUACUUUACAGAAUUCAAAUGAAAUGUGUAUAUCACUACUUUGUUUGAAUUCUGUAUUUCAAGUUACAGUUAGUGCAUGUACAGUUUUUAAUUAUAUGUUGAAACAAUUUUAAACAUUGACUUAGAAUUGUAAAAUUGUAUUAUUACGUAACUACUGAAUUUUGGCAUUGCGCCAUCGUCAGAUUACUGAUAUACAUGAAUAUUUGAAACAAAAACAUACCGUCAAUUUGAAUAAAAUUAACGAAUAUUAAAUAAUAAUAUUAUACAUGUAGGUAUGCAUAAUUUGAAAUUAAAACGGUGGUAAUAGAGAUAAACAGAAAAUAAUAAUACAGAACGAAUACUGUUAUUUUUUUUAAUACCAUCUUUAAGUUUAUGUAAAAAAGUAAACAGAAAGUAAGUUUAGAUUAUGAGCAGAACGAGGAAUACAUUGGUUUUACAAUGUUGUUUAUUUUUUUUAUUGAUUUAUUAUUUUCAUCCGUGAACAGCUCUUCUAUCUACCAGCAAUUUCGCUCCGUUUUCCAGUUAUAGCAAUUUUUCUGACAAGAAAUCUGGCUAGGGUGGUACCUAGGUGGUUUUUUUGAUUUCCCUAGCUAUUUUCAUAAGAAAUGGGAAAACCGGAAAAAUAGAUACACUAUUAAACAAAUUGUAUUAAAGAAAAUAUGUAAUGCUGAAUGUACAUGUAAUUAUUUUAUCAUAAUAUGAUAUAUAAUCUUUAUAUGUAUAUUGUUGACAAAGCAACACUAUUAACUGAACCCCGCUCAGAAUUGUGUUUGGUUAAAAAUUGUUAAUAGUUGCUUACAGAUAUACAUUAUAUUUCCCCUCAAACUUUCUAACUUUUUAAAAUCAGUUUGUACAAUAUGUAAUAUUAUAUUAUUAAAACUAUUGGUUUCACUUUAUAUUUUAUAUGAUCUCGAAUUUAUAAUAAACAUAUAAUACUUAAUGAGUAUUUUUACAGACAUUUUUAUUGAUGUAUUUUUUUUUGAGAUGUAUUAAUGUAAUUAUUAAAGUCAUUUUCGUUUUAGGAUUUGAAUUUAUCUAUAAUAAUAAUUUGAAAACUAGACAAUUGUUAUUAAUAUAGCGAUUUCGUGUGACACUGAAUACAAACUUUGAGCCAGGUUUUGUAUGUCGGUGUCUCGCAUUGUCAUUGAUGUUAAUAGUAUACCUAUUACUAUUGAUAUUACUUGUGAUGUCAUAACUAAUAAUAUUUUACCUAUAAAUUAUUUAUUUUAAUUAUUCAACAAUAACUGUAUAGCAGUGAUGUCCAACGUGGGCAAUACCACCCCCUUGUGGGCUUUUUUAAUUUUAAAGGGACUUUUUACUUAAGGGAGCGCUAAUGGGGGCGAUUCUACUGUGACUUUUAUUAUUCAAAUGAAGUUAGAAUUUAGUGUAUAUCUGUGAAGUUAGCGAGUGGAUAUUGAGCACUCACAUAAGGUUGUCUUAUGACUUUUUCUAACAAUUUAUUAUUGUAUGUCACCCAGUCUUUAAAAAUAUAAUCAACUAGCCGAUAACAUAUUUUCACUGGGUGAUAUUUAUGUCACCUAGUUCAUUAGUUUAAAAAUGCACUUCGUACGCUAUGUGGAAAAUUCCAUACCUCGUAGAUAAAUUGAGCACUAAUUAAGCACUAGAACUAGAAAGGUACUAGAAAGUAAAUUAUUGUUCAAUGGCCAUUCACUAACUUUAUGGAUCUAUUAGUAUUAUUGUAUAUUUGUUGUACCUACUUAUUAUCAUAAUAAAGAUUACGUUAUCCUAGAAACUUAUCCGAGAACAAAAUGCUAUGAAAAUAUUUAAUUUUCACCUUAUAUAAUGGCCAAUUAAAAACAAAACAAAAAUUUUUUUAAAUUUAUUGUUGUGCGUGGUGGGAAGAGGUGAGCGGUGUGAGUUUAUGAAAAUCAAAUAGGGUUGUUGAGUAAAAAAAGAUUGGGUCAUCCCGCUGUAUAGUACCUAAUAAAGAUAUUUAAAUUACUAAUAUUUUUUUUAAUUUUUAUUUUCCAGCUCUCAUUUGUAGUAAGUACAAUGCACAUCAUACAAAUUAAAUCACGAGCAGGGUGGAUUCACUGACUUUAUAAUCUUUGCUUAUUCGUCUUGAUUCAUCGUUGAGAUACAUAGUAAAUAAUACUAUGGGAAUUUUUUUCAAGUAUUACCCACGACAGUAAGGGUUCUGUUUAACACAUUACUUCAUUCACUACAGCUAUUGUUUAUUAAAUAACUUAUGAAUUAGUCUAUAUCGUAUGUACAGUUGAUGCCUUCCCCUUCAGUUAUGGUUAAUAUAAUCUUAAUUUAUACAAAUUAACCUUAGGAUGAUGUGGGACUGUCGUUCAUCAAAAUUUCUUGACAAGUUUAGCCUAGGUGAGGGCCCUUCUUUUUUGUGAGGGUAUGUAUUUUGCGACACAUCUAAAAAUAAUUUUGAUAAUUAGCGCCACUUUUUAUCGUUGUAGAUUGUGCUUAUAUAAAACAGAACUAAAGGGAAUUUUAUAAUCUGUGCAAUGUUGUACCUACACAAAUUUUAAUUUGUGUCUUUGUUCACUUUAUUAAGAUUGUAGUUUACACUACUUAAAUACUAAUAAACAAUUUUUUUUCAACAGAUU